UCUUUCAAUCACCUCGUGUUGAUGAUUUUCACAAGAUGCGUAUUGAAACUUGUUUUUUCUGUUCUUCUCGGAUUUACCCGGGUCAUGGAAUUCAAUUUGUGAGAAACGACUCAAAAAUAUUCAAAUUCUGCCGUUCGAAGUGUCACGCCGCCUUCAAGAGGAAGAAGAAUCCAAGGAAGGUGAAAUGGACGAAAGCAUACAGAAAAACCGUAGGCAAAGAACUCGCCAUCGACCCCACAUUUGAAUUUGAGAGACGGCGAAAUAUCCCAGUGAAAUAUAAUCGAGAAUUGUGGUCGAAGACUGUGGAAGCCAUGAAGAAAGUUGAAACAAUCCGGCAAAAGAGGCAGAACACUCACAUUAUGCAGAGGCUGCGAGUCGGAAGAGAGGUCGAGCAAGAGAAAAAUAUCAAACAGGUGCAACGAAAUAUCUCGCUUAUUCGAUCGCCGGCGGCUGGCCUCAAAGAACGGAAGAAACUCGAGGAAGCUAUGCAGGAAGGAGACGAGUCGAUGGUUUCUGAACUCGCUGAUGAAGUCGACAUCACUGAAGUUCAAAGGAAUAUUUCCAUGACAAGGUCGCCAGUUGUCAAGGAACUCAAGAAAAAGGGAAAAUCCAAACAAAAAGUUCAAGAUAGUGUCCAGGAAAUGGAGGCAGAAGAAAAAAAUGCAAAUAGUAAUGUCAGAUUUGGUGCCAAAGGGUUGCCGCCGCGGCAAAUUGAAGACGAAACGGUCGUCAGUGGCUUUGAGGUCGUCAUCUUACGCAGUUCGCUACGCAAGUCGAUCAUGAAAACGAGGCGAGAAGAAGGGCCAGUAAAAAUAAAAGCGUGA